AUUCAAAUCGUGCGAGCAUCUGAGUCAUAAUCGUUAACGUGAACUGCUGCAUUUCUUUUUGUUUAUUUUUUUCCGAUGAAAGUCCAAUUUGAACAAAUGAACUUAAUGUACCAUAAAUACUAUGAAUACAAGUUUCGCUUUGAAGAUCUUUUCAUUUAAUAAAUUCUUUGCAGAAUGAUCUAAAUCUUAUUGUCUCUCUUGCGAUCGGUAUUUCUAAGGGAUUGUAGUCAGUCUGAACCGGGAAGUUUUGUGUUUAAAUCUAAUUCAAUCUAAUCUUCAAGUCGGGAAUGAAAUAUUGGGUUCCUUGAGCUGCUGCAAUACAACACACGUAAACAAUGAGUUCGUCGUUCGCUAUAGCUAUUCGUCUGACAAUAAUGCUCAGCUUUUUGCCUGCCACCUUGUCUAAAACAACUUCCGAUGUGUCCAUUACCAUGGGUGGUGCAGCCAAAAUACCAUGUCCGUUCGAUGAAGGCGCUGUACGAAACAUCUACUGGUACUACCUUGAUGCAUCUGGACCCCGAAUGAUUUUAAGCCUUGUUAAGUAUGUUGAAGAAAUAGAUGAAGCCUAUACAGAUAGAGCUGGCUUGGAUAAGGACAACUCAACAUUGAUUCUUCAGGAAGUGACAAUCGAUGAUGAAGGAACAUAUCGGUGCGAUGUUGACAGACUAGAACAGCCGACACUAAUAAAUAUCACUAUUACAUUGAGUGUGUUUGUCUUAUCUCCAGGAACUCCUCCGGUGAUUAAGCAGUGUCUCCAAGAACAGCCAGACAGUUCACCCUGCACACUAACCAGUGAGGGACCUACCAACCUUACCUGUCAGUUAACCAAUGUAUACCCGGUAACCAAUCUCUCACUUGGCUGGUACCAAGAUGGCCGUGGUCCGUUGGAGGCGCCCUUUUCGAUGUCUGAAACCAAAGAGGAUGGUAGCUUUGAUCUGGAAACCAACGUCGAAGCGUUCGAGACCGGGGAAUGGUUGUGCAAGGCAUCGUAUCUCUCUGCAGAUGGUGUCGAAGAAACCUCGGCCUCUAUUUCACUCACAAUACUAGACAAGAGUGAUACAGGUUCCCCGAUGGAUCCUGUGAAGAUCGUGGUACCUAUAGUCGUAUUACUGGCUGUGAUCGUAGUGAAAGUAAUUAUUCCAAUCAUGAGGAGAAAAAAGAAUCGAAAACUUAAAGCGACAAGACAGUAUGGAGAGAUAAAACCAGCUGAAAGGGUAGAACUUGGUGACAAAGUUUACGGGAGCAUUGAUGAUGAAAUACUGGCCAACAUCGCAGAGGAAGUGACGGACGAAAGCGACCUGUCAAAGCUUGGUCGACAUCUUGGCAUUCGACAGUUCAAGUUGAAUCAAAUCAUCAAGGAGAACGAGCAGGCCAAAGACGUCUUCCCCGCCACGUCCAUGCUGUUCACCUGGAAGGAGAAGACACCCGCAGCCAAGCAAGUCCCUAAGAUGGUGAAGGCUCUUGAACAGUCGGAUAUGGAGAACCUGAUAACGGAAUACUUUCCAAACGAAGCUGGAGUUACAGAUAAGAAAUUGUCUGAGCUAGCCGACGACAUUCAAGAUGUAGAGGCCAUCGAGCAGCUUGGCAUCAACUUUGGCUUCAGGCAGUUCAAGGUGAACCAGUACCUCAACAUGAACAAAGACCGUGGUGACCGUUCAGGGACUUUGGCAAUGCUCCUGGAAUGGAGGAAGAAGACACCUAGGACAGCCCAGAUACGGGAUCUGGUAGACGCCCUCAAGAACGCUGGUGUUGAUGGUUCAUUUAACAACAAUUGAGACCACCUUUAUCUGGUGUAAGGCAAGGUUGCCCCUCUGUGACUUCUUUCUACUGCGAAAAAUCUACCAAGAAAGGACAGCGCAUCAUUUGGUACAGACAUUGCAGAGUGGAAGCCUUUGUCAAAAAUCAAGCCGCUUGAAGACAUUGUAAACGAGUAUUGGUUUAUUUUGUCAGUGGGGGUUCCUAUGCUCCUUCGCUGUAAAUUAGACUUUGAUUAAACAAUGGAAAUCGACUGUAAACUAUGGUAUGAAUUAUGAAAAUUCAAGAACGAAUGAGGCGUCUUUUCACAUUUUUUAAAGGUAUAAUCGUGAAAUUAAAUGAUUAAAAUUGAUGCAUACUGUAUAAAUAACCAUGAACUGGUUGAACCUUUCAAUCUUGUCAAUCCAACCUAACAAAAAAAGAACGAAAACGUUAUUAAACGCAUAAAGAUUAUUAUGGCUUAUUAUUGAGUUCCUCAAAAACAAUUAUUCAUCACAUCAAAAUUAUCAUGGAGAAUUAUUACUGAGUAACUAAAGAACUGCCAAAUAACUGAAAAGGAUCUUUUAAUUUUGUAAAAUCUGUACAAAACAAAUAUGUAAGAAAAAAAAAAAAAAAAAAAUCACAGUCGGAACUGAAACAAUUCAUUGACCUUUUGGAGAUCAUGAUAAAAGACUGUAUGUAGUAAUAGUUUUUAAGUUUUAUUAAGACACAUUGUUGUAUUUUUAAACAUGCAUGGUUCCUUUGAAAUAUAUCAUGCACAGAUUGGAUGAUUUGAUAUUAAAAAUUGAGAGGCAACCACGCUAAACGUCACAUAAAAUGUACCUGCAAUGUAGUCUCGACAUUGCCAACAAUGUUGGGAGGAUAGUGUGAUGACAAAUGAUAACUCUGUUUGCUUGUGGAAAGGAAAUUAACUUUACAUUCGCAAGGCGAUACCACUUGCGAACUAGAUAACUCUUGAGUGACGUUCUAGUCGCUGUUAAGUUUCAGUAGUUCCCCAACAUGUCCGAUAAGUUUCAUUUAGAAUGCUGACCAAUUACUCUAACACCUGAGUGAGUUUCUUCGUAACCUGUAGUGGUGUGUAAUGUAAGCGUAUUUGAGUGGAAGCACUUUUGCGAGUGUACAUGAAAAUAGGUUUUCAUCAUGCCCCCGAUCAAGAUUAAAAUGGAUAUGUACAAUAUUUGUGUCUGUUUAGAAUAAUAAAAAAACGAACAAUCUUGAAUAAUGA